UUCCCUGCAGAAAGGAGAGGAAGUGUGAGAAUCAAUGGGAGGUUCUGUGUUUCAUUUGGUUGAUCAUCAUUUGUGAGGAGCGUGAUUCAAAUUUGAAAUUCGCCCAAACUAGAAUACUUUCGGCAGUCCUUCAGCAAAGGCAAAUUUAGAGUCACUGUGUCCCGAGGUGUGGCUGAGAAUCAUCUGUCCACGUUUUGCCAGAAUCAGCUGGUGGUGCGUCUGCCGGCCCCCCCGCCGCCCCCCCCAGAGGAAGCACCGCGGCCCCCGGCCUUCUCUCUCACCUGGCUCCAGCAUCCAGAGGGUUGUUUCGGCGCCUGCAGCCGCUCGAGAGAGGAGCAGAGUUCAUUUGUGUAGUUGCUUGUUGUUCUUGCAUUGGAGUUUUGAAGAAGAUCUCUGUGCUAGGGCCAGACUUCAAAAUGUGUCUCAUCCCGAGUCGGAGGAAAGGUGGCGACAGUGACGCAGCAUCCGCUUUUAUUGGCCUUUUAAAAUGGAGAGGAAACACGACAGAAGAGAACAGAUUGCCUGUGCAGGGAAUCCUAAUCUUUAGUUGAGAUAUUGAUGUGAUUUACACACUCUUUUAACUGCAUAUGAAAGCAAAGUGAAGAGUAUCCUGCUGUCAUUGAGUCAGGAUGUUUAUCAUCAAGACGGUGCUGUUGCUGCUUCAUCGCCGCUUCAUCGCCAAACAAAGACGACGAGUGACAAGUGUCCACACCCCCCCACCGCAGAGUCAUGGUUUCCUGUGGAGGGUUCGAUUCUCCCUGUCCUCUGGCUGCUCCUAAUCCACAGGUAAAGUAUCAAGAUGACCCAAACCACUGAACCAGGUACGUAUUCAAUGUGUAAGACGACUGCAACACAGACUACCCUAUUUAAUAGCUAUAACCAAAAACAUACAGAAAAUAAUUGACCUGAGCUGAUGCUGUCCAUCCCAUUUGAAAAACAAACAAAGAACAUUUUCACUUUCACAUUUUUCAGGUGUUAGUUUGUAGUUUUUUUUAGCAAAUAUCCCGUCAGUCAGGUCUACUUACUUGUUCCCUGAUUAUUCUGACACUUUUCCAUUUGUCAAAUUACAAAUAAUGUUAGUGCUGGUAAAAAAACACACCAGCAAAAGUCAGGAUUUAUAAAUGCUCAUGGGGAAAUGAUAGCAAAAUAUAAUUUCAAGAAAGUCACAUGCCAGCAAAAAAAACACGUGAUACAGUUUAUUUGCCCAGUUGUUUGAGGUGAUAAGUCCCAACUAAACACACAUUGAACUGGCUCCUUUUGACAGCUUGAGCUCUGGACUUUGAUAAAAGGAGGUGGGUUAGGUCAAAGAGGUUCAAUUACAGAAGUUUUGGUAAAAUGUAUGUUUGCUAAACAAAGAUGGUAGUUUCUGUAGUUAACUGAGUUUCACACGGAGUCAUGUUAUCCCAUUGAAUCACUACAAGAAAGCUCCUGUAAAGCAACAUGUAGGUAAAUGUCACUUACCGAACAUUAGGAACCUGCCAUCAGUCAACCAGGAAGACAUAUAAGAUGAUUCAUGGAAUAUUUCUUAAAAGAUCAAUCUGUUUUUACUUUAUCCAACCCAUGUGCCUUUCUUUGGACUGAUAUCUUAGCUAGUUUAUUUAAAUGUAUUAAUAAAUAAUAUUGGAGCUUUCUCAACAGAAGCUUUAGUGAUCUAUAAUCCUAACUGAGUCAUCACUGGUUACGAUGUUCAACAGGCGGUGGCUCAAUCUGACAUAAUAAAAGCAGUAUUAUUCAUCCUGUCAGUAGUGGUUACUCAGAUAUGUAAAUACUCGCUAUAAGUGCAAUUAUUUAUAUUCGAUAUGUUAGGAUGGUAACAUAAGUAGUUAAAGUAGGUUUAUUCCACAUGAGCGUGGCACAGUAAAUGUGGCACUGGAGUCAAGAUCAAUCAGGCAAUAAAGGGCAGUUAAUGCAUGACUUGCUUAUAUGACUUUACAAUUAGUGACAUCCAUGUCAUUUUUCAAGUAAUAGGAAGUAUAUUUUCCCCCUCCAGCUUCUUAAAUGAGAAUAUUCUCUGGAUUCUUUACUCUAUGACUGAAAACUGGAUAUUCUUUACUUAAGGAAAAAAACCAUGUGCGUCAUUUGAGGACAUCACAUUUGGCAGUAGUAGUAAGUCAGAUAUGUAAAUAAUUUAUAUAAGUUUAAGUAUUUCUUUCUUCAGCUUUUUAAAAGGCAAUGUUUUCUGGUUUCUUUACUCCUCUUUGACCGUAAAUCUUUUUUAGUUAUACUUAAGGAACAAAACCAUUUGAGUCAUCUUCUUUGGCUUUUGGAAACACUGGCCAACAUGUUUUUGUUUUUUAACAUUUUCUGACAUUUGAGAGACCGAACCACAACCAUCUCAUAAUCGGAAAAAAAAAUCAACAUAUAAUAAACGAAAAUGAUCAGUCCUAGUUUCCUGUAUUUUAGAUAAGAAACCUGCAUGUGACAGGAAGCUGUCAAUACAGUAAGAGUUUAAAACAAACCUAAACCUAUUUUUUUUACACUAUAUGAAUUACAAUUAAGUUUGUCAACAUUAUAAACAAAUCAAACAUAUUGUGUUAUUUUGUGUUCCAAUAAAAAAAAAUGUACUGUCUGAUAAACAGCGGUGCAAUGUACUUCUAAAUAUGAGGCCAACCCAGAGAUGAUUGUUAUUGUUGACAGUAUGGUGUGUUCUUUACAGAUUUAAACGUUUUUUUAAUGUGCCUGUCAUAACUAGAGAGUAUUGCAGGUUGUCCACUCAGCCUGGAGGAAAGACAACUUCUUUUCAGUAGUCGUCCCUUUGAAUGAACUCGGCUGUUGUGAAUCUGAAGUCAUGAGGAUUUCAUCAGACCACAGAAGCCAUGCCUUGGAUUCCCCUGAAGAGAGGGAAGUCUGCCCGGCAACAGCUGGACGAGAGAGGCCUGUUCCAGGAGUACAGGAAGAAGUUUCCAUACAACCCGGCAGCUAAGUUUCUCCCAAGGGUCGAGCAGACUGUGGUGCCAUUGACCUUUGACCCUGAUACUACAUACUAUGGAGAGAUUGGCAUCGGGACCCCUCCUCAGCUCUUUAAAGUCCUCUUUGACACCGGCUCCUCCGACUUCUGGGUUCCCUCCACAAGCUGCAACAGCUCCGCCUGUGGCAAUCAUGUAAUGUUCAGCAGCUCGGCGUCCUCCACUUUUGAGGCCGGCACAAAUACUUUCCGCAUAUCGUACAUCAGCGGAUAUGCAUCAGGAACCACAGGAUAUGAUAUCGUAAAGGUAGGCGACCUCUACGUGGAGCACCAGAUCGUUGGCCUCGCUGACGAAGAGGCGGAUUUCCUUGACUAUGUUCCCUGGGAUGGGAUUCUUGGUCUGGCCUUCCCUGGCUUGUCAGACGAGGGAGGCACACCUAUAUUUUACAACAUGUGGAACCAGGGCAACAUCCCCCACAAUAUGUUCUCCAUGUACCUGAGCAGUUCUCUAGAGGGCAGUAUGCUUUUUCUGGGAGGAACAGAUAGCAGCUAUUACUCUGGAACCCUAAACUGGAUCCCCCUGUACGGAGCCACUAACUAUUGGAACAUCCAGAUACAAAGCAUCACCAUCAAUGGGAACACUGUGGCCUGCUCUGGAGGUUGUGAAGCAGUAGUGGACUCUGGGACUUCUUACAUCAUCGGCCCAAGCAAAGAAAUUAACAACAUCAACGGCUGGCUGGGAGCCUCCACAAAUCAGUUUGGUGAAGCUUCUGUGAGCUGCAGGAACACGAAUAGCUUGCCAGAAAUUAUUUUCAACAUAAACGGCUACAACUUUGCUCUUCCUCCAUCAGCCUACGUAAUACAGUCUUCGUCCGGCUGCAGCACAGGGUUUGGAGCCGGCAUCUGGAUCCUGGGAGAGGUGUUCAUGCGGCAGUACUACACCGCCUUCGACAUCGGAAACAACAGGGUGGGCUUUGCUCAGUCUGUGUGAAAACACUGGGCCUCUUUGAAAUGAUAGUAGCUGUUUGUUAGUCGCUUCAGACAGCUGCUGAUAUUUAGAAAGUAAUUGAUUUUAUUUUUAUAAUCACAAUUCACUAUUCCACAAAUGAUAUACUUAUGCUCAAGUAAAAGUAGAAGAUAAUAAGAGAUAAGAUAAGAUAGUACUUUAUUGAUCCCAAUUUUUGGAAAUACUCUGUUACAAGUACAAACUUCUGAAUUUGUGUUCAGUUCUGCACACUGUCGUAUAGGAUAUUAUAUAUUAUAACAAGUUAUAAUGAUUGAUGUAUGAAUAUGUUCAUUAUUGUUGCAGCUGGUAAAGGAGAAGCAUAUUUUACUUUAUUUACUAUAUAUACUGCCAAGUAGCUUGCAAAAUCGUUUAUUAACCUAUGAUAAUACCUGCUAAAUUAAUCUGAAUUGUCAGAAUGACUAAGGCUAUCAAAUAAAUGUAAUGCAGUGAAGUAAGAACAGCACUUGAGUAAAUGUAGUUAGGCUACUGUCCACCACCACAAACUAUCGUGUAAAAGCAGUCAUAUUUGUGAAUGACACUAAUAAACAUAACCUUUCAGAUCUUA